AUGGAUUCAAACGACCCGCGAUUUGUUUCUCGCGUAUAUGCAGAUGCAAAUGAAAAGUUCCCUCAAUCUUAUUGGGAUUAUGAACAUGCCUCUAUCAACUGGGGAUACCAAGAAAAAUAUGAAAUCAUCCGGCGCGUCGGUCGCGGGAAGUACUCAGAAGUCUUUGAGUCUAUAGAUAUCGAAUCUAAAGAACUGGUCAUCAUCAAAGUUUUAAAGCCAGUUAAGCAUAAAAAAAUUAAGCGUGAAAUUAAAAUCCUUUCAAACUUAGAAGGUGGCCCAAAUAUCAUUUCUUUCCUCAAUGUCGUCCAUGAUACUGAGUCCAAAACAACCUCUCUCGUCUUUGAACGUGUUCAAAACAUUGACUUCCGUACCCUCUAUCCAACAUUCACCCCAUAUGAUAUCAAGUUUUACAUGUAUCAGCUCCUCCUCGCCCUCGACUAUGCCCAUUCAAUGGGAAUUAUGCACCGCGAUGUCAAGCCACAUAACGUUAUGAUUGACCAUGAAGCAAAACGCCUUCGUCUGAUAGAUUGGGGCCUUGCUGAAUUCUAUCACAAGGGUGUCGACUAUAAUGUCCGUGUGGCCUCCCGUUAUUUCAAAGGCCCUGAACUGCUGGUGGAGUACCAACGAUAUGACUACUCUCUCGAUAUUUGGUCCUUUGGCGCAAUGUUUGCCUCUCUCAUCUUUAAGCGUGAGCCAUUCUUUCAUGGAAACUCAAAUACAGACCAGUUGGUCAAAAUCGCCCGUGUUUUGGGAACAAACGACCUCUACGAGUACCUCCGCAAGUACCACAUUAAACUCGGUUCUGAGUUUGACGACCUCGGAUCCUAUGCUCGAAGGCCUUGGUCCAAGUUCAUCACUGAAGCCAACAGUGCUUUUGCAACUGAUGUUACAAUUGAUUUUCUCGAUAAGCUUCUUGUCUAUGAUCACCAGAAACGUCUCACAGCUAAAGAAGCAAUGGCCCAUCCUUAUUUUGAUGAAUUAACUCCUCUAGAACGACAAAAUGGAAAGUAA